CCGGUACCGCAACGUGAAAGCGCAAAGGGUUCGAUGCCACACCACCGACAACCCCGCACGAUCGUUUGAUGCUGCCGGAUCGGCCCGGACGUUGCUGCUGACGAGGUGUCGAUUCCAUCAUUGUCAUCCUCUCUGGUCUGGCCAUGACUUGACUUGAUACCCACCCACUGACGGAUUCAUCCAAAUCACAUCCAGAAGCCAUGACGUCUCUUGAGCCGCUGCCUCUACCCAAUGGCCUUCGCGAAGAGACCGUCGACUGCUCCCAGUCUUGUGGGCUUGUCUGGCAUACUAUCGUCGCUGGCCAGCGAGGCAAACCCCUCAUUCUCUUCUGUCAUGGCUUUCCCGAGCUCGCCUUCUCGUGGCGCAAGGUCCUGCCGCAGGUGGCCGACGCUGGCUUCUUCUGCGUUGCCAUGGACCAGCGCGGCUAUGGCCGAACCACGGGCUGGCCCAAACGCGAAUUCCACGACGUUGCCUUGGCCGACUACACAUAUACUAAUCUCGUCCGAGAUCUUGUUUGUCUUGUCUAUGGCCUCGGCUAUACUGAAGCCUUCGGCAUCGUCGGCCACGACUUUGGCGGCGUCAGCUCGGCCAUGGCCGCCGUCAUCCGGCCAGAUGUGUUCAGGUCCACAGUGCAGCUCAGCCAUCCUCACCACCCACCUCCCAGACCACAGAUAGCCGGUGAGCCGGCGAAGGAGAAGGUUGACAUACAGGCUGAACUAGCAAAGCUCGACCCGCCACAGAAGCACUACAAGUAUUACAACUCAACCGCCGAGGCAGCAUCGCAUUGGGACAACCCUUCGCAGGGGCUUGAACGAUUCCUCCGCGGCUACUUCCACCUGAAGUCGGCAGACUGGCCAGUGAAUGCGCCGCAGCCUUUGGAGAGGUGGGCGGCUGAGGAUCUGGCCCCGAUGCCCGAGUAUUACAUCAUGCAGAAGCAGCACUCCAUGCCAGAGGCAAUCCUUCACAAUAUGGAAGGCGAAGACUACGCAAAGACGGAGCGUUGGCUGUCUCCAGGCGACCUCCAGGUCUACUGUCGCGAGUGGCGUCGGACCGGCUUCCAGGGCGCCUUGAACUGGUACCGCUCGCAGACGGGGUCUGCGAUGGAGUUGGCCAAGGACAUGCUGUUGUUCGCAGGUCGUCGAAUCGAGGUGCCCUGCAUAUUCAUCAGCGGCAAGCAGGACUGGGGUAACUAUCAGCAGCCCGGCGCCCUUGAGAGCUACGAGGACCCACAGACUGUCAAGCCGGGAUGCUUCCGGGGGGUCCGACUAAUUGAUCAUGCCGGGCAUUGGGUGCAGCAGGAGCAGCCAGAAGCCGUUGUAAAAGAGCUGCUCUCAUUCUUUGGCACAUUGAAGGCAACGCCUGUCUGAGUGUCGUUGGUUCUGGUACCAGACUUUUGAAGGGGGUUGCUCCGGAGCUAGCCGGGCGCUCCCCGGCACCGGGUGUGGAGGAGCUGACCAAUCACAAUGCCGCUUGGGAGCACGCUGAUGCUCAAUAUGUCGAUAUCUGCAUGCGCUCGUCCUCGAUAUCUCACAGACUUGCUGAACUCAUGAACAACCCCCUCAGCCGGCAUUGUCCGACUCUCGAACAGUGAAUAGAAGGAUGAACUCUCAUAACGGUCUGCAUGGG